AUGGAUACAGAGGAUACGCUGGGGCAAGACGUGGAUUUGGUCUGCAUGGAAUCCAUGGCGCCAACUUGUAUUGAGAACUGUUCUCUCAGACUUGUUGCCUUUUGCCUAGAAUAUGACAUGGGUCUUUUCGCCAUUGUCGCAUUCGGUUGUGUCGCCAUUGCUGCCAGCAGCUAUCUAGUCGGUCAUGUAGGUGACGGAUAUGGAAAUGCCGGGGCCGCCUAUGGUCACCAUGGAUACGGACGUAACUUGUACGGACAAGACAACGGACGCCGCGUGUAUGGAGACCACAGCGCCCACGGAAGCGGGUACAACACCGAGGGCGGCCACUACGCCGACAGAGAGGGUCAGUAUGCAUCUGCCGCACAUGGUGAUCACACCAAGAAGAACGGCGGCGCUGCCCACUACGGCCACAACGCCGCCGCCGGCAACAACCACGCCAACGCCGCCGCCGGACACGGCAACUACGCUCACUACGCCGACGGGGCCCAGGCUGCGUACGGCCGCAACGACGCUGCUGCGAAAUCCGCCGCCAACUCCAAAUACAACAAGAACAAUUACUACAAGAAGGGUGACCUCUACAGCGACAACGUCAAGUAUGGCUUCAACAAGAAAUACAACAAGCACGCCACCGACAACGGCGACUACCUCAUCAACGAGCACAACGAUUACCGCAACCUGGACGACUACAGAGAUCACCAGGACGCCGCCAACUUGAAAUACGGCGACCACGCUCACCGCAGACACAACAACAACUACGCCCAUGCCCGAAAGGGAAACAAAUACGGAAAUGCCGCUUCCCAGAGCCACGUCAUUGGAGGUAAAUACGGCGCCAACUCCGCCCACCAGGCUAAGUCGGGAGCAGCAAACCGCGCUUACGAUUCCAAGUAUGGCCACAACGCUGGAAGCACGAAGUACCACGACCAGGCCCAUAAUGCCCACGCCAACAAAUACGAUGAUUUCGCUGUUCGUGACGCUGCCCUCAGCAGGAAAUCGGCUGCCAAGGCUGCCGCCCAAAAUGCCCAUGAUUACGCUCGCCUCCACGGUGGACAAGGAUACGGCGCCGGAGGCUACAAGCCCUAUGGAAAAGGGUACGGAUACGGAGGUCACGGUGCUGCCUAUGGCGGUUACGGAAAGGCUGCCUCGCAGUACGGAUCUGCUGCCAACCACGACGCACACAAAGCCGGACGUUAUGGACUGAAGACCAAUGAUUAUCUCAACAACAAAGCCGGCGCUGCUUACCACGAGAACCAGUACAACAACGGACACGCCGACAACUACUACAAAACCAACCACGGUGCUGGCCACAGGAACGGUUAUCAUCACGGAGCCGCAGCAGGCGCUGUCAACGGCAAGGGAUACGGACAGAAAGCAUCCGACGCAGCUUCUGCUUAUGCAGCUGCCGCCGCUAAUCACGAUCUCUACAAGGGCAAGCACAGUGCCAACAACCUGAAACGCGUUUACCACGACAAGGCCAGCAACCACAAACUCUACAAGACCUUCCACCACUCCAACAACGUCGGAGGCAACAACUACGAAAAUCUCCACUACAACAGGAACAAGUACAAUGACAAGUACGGAAGCAACGCACACCAUCAGAAUGGAGCUGCCAAGCAGUCCCAUCACAAUUUCUACCAGAACAAGCACCAUGCCCAGGCCCACCACAACGCAGCUACUGCCCAGAACCUCGCCAAGAAAGCCUACAAGCACAACAACCACCAUCAGAGCCAAUAUGGUGACGCUGCAAACAUGCACUACUAUCAUGACAACAACAACGAUGCCGCCAAACACUACAACCACGACAACGCCAACGCCAAACAUCACAACUCUGCAUACAAGAACGCUGCAGCAAACCACGGACUCAACGAUUAUGCUGUCCACCACUAUGGCAAGAACGCCGGUGCCUUCAGUGAUGCCGGAUCCCAUGCAGUCCAUCACGCUAACGCUCACGGACCCGCUCUAGGACUUGGAGUUGGACAUGGUUUUGGUCUCGCUGGUGUCGGACACGGUGUUGGAUUUGCAGGCAUUGGACAUGGUAUUGGACUCGUCGGUCAUGGACUUGGACAUGGUAUUGGAGCUGGACGUGGUGUUGGAUUUGCCGGUGUUGGUCAUGGUGUCGGACUUCUUGGUGCUGGACGUGGUCUUGGAUAUGCUGGAGUUGGACACGGACUCAUAGGUGCAGGACGUGGUCUUGGAUAUGCUGGGAUUGGACACGGUGUUGCUGGACAUGGUCUUGGAUACGGUCGCCUUGGACACGGACUUGCUGGACACGGAGUUGGACUCGUUGGAGCUAGACACGGUUUUGGAUUUGCUGGACUUGGUCAUGGAGUCGUUGGUGCUGGACGUGGUCUUGGAUUCGGCGGGGUCGGACAUGGUGUUGGACUCGUAGGUGCUGGUCAUGGUCUGGGACACGCUGGACUUGGAUAUGGAUACAACGGGUAUGCUGGAGGACGAGGAUACAAUGGAUAUGGAGGACGACCUGCUUAUUAUUAG